AUGGUAAAUGUGAGCAUUCCAUCGUCUCCUCGGACAACUCCCCGGCACAUACAUCGGCCAAAAGAGAAGUGCAAGAUGGCAAGAUUACUGACUGGACUCAUUCUAUUGGUCUGCCUUCAAUAUGUAUCUUGUUCCAAACUUGUGUGCUACUUCACCAACUGGUCCCAGUACAGACCAGGGGCCGGACGAUUCACCCCUGACAACGUGGACCCGAACCUCUGCACUCAUCUGAUCUACGCCUUCUCCAUCAUCAACUCGGCCAACCAGCUGUCGCCCUUCGAGUGGAACGACGAUGUUCUGUACCAGCAGUUCAACGCUCUCAAAAACAAAAAUCCCCAGUUGAAAACGUUGUUGGCUGUUGGUGGCUGGAACUUUGGAACAACUCAGUUUUCAGCUAUGGCGUUCUCUGCAGCCAAUCGGCAGACGUUCAUCCAGUCCUCUGUGCGCUACCUGAGGCUUCAUGGAUUUGACGGUCUGGACCUGGACUGGGAGUAUCCAGGGUCCCGCGGCAGUCCUCCAGUGGACAAGCACCGAUUCACCCUCCUCUGCCAGGAAUUGUUUGCUGCUUUUGAAAAAGAAGGGGCUGAGACAGGGCGCCCCAGACUCCUGCUGACGGCUGCAGUGGCUGCUGGGAAAACAACCAUUGACAAUGGAUAUGAGAUCGCCCAAGUCUCAAAAUAUCUGGACUUUGUGAACAUCAUGUCAUACGACUUUCACGGAGCAUGGGACCCAUUCACUGGACACAACAGCCCCCUGUACAAGAACUCUUUUGACCAAGGCGACAACAUCUACUACAAUGUGGACUUUGCCAUGACAUACUGGAGAAACCAAGGGGCCCCUGCAGAGAAGCUCCUGCUCGGGUUGGCCACCUACGGACGCACGUUCCGUACUGUGUCUUCCAGUCACAAUGUCGGGGCCCCAGCCAGUGGACCGGCCCCCGCAGGCUCCUACACUAGAGAGGCCGGAUCCUGGUCCUAUUAUGAGAUUUGCCUGUUUCUCAGAGGGGCCAGUCUUCAGUGGAUUGAUGAGCAGAAGGUGCCUUAUGCGAUUCAAGGCAGUGACUGGGUUGGAUUUGACAACAAACAAAGCCUUGAAAUUAAGGUGGAUUACUUGAAGAGGAACAACUUUGGAGGGGCAUUUAUCUGGGCUUUGGACCUGGAUGACUUUUCAGGGCAGUUCUGUAACCAAGGCGCCUAUCCACUUAUCAACCACGCACGCUCACUUCUGGGAACAGACGUCCCAACUCCAGAAACAACACGAGAACCUCUUCCAACCACCACAGAGGCCCCUGCACCAACCACCACAGAGGCCCCUGCACCAACCACCACAGAGGCCCCUGCACCAACCAACACUGAAGUACCAACCACCACCGAAGUACCAACCACCACCGAAGUACCAACCACCACCGAAGUACCAACCACCACCGAAGUACCAACCACUACAGAAGCCCCCGCACCCACCACCACAUUUGCACCCAUGACAACCACCACCUCUGUGUCUGCGAGUGGUUUCUGCUCUGGGAAGUUAGACGGUCUGUACGUGAACCUCGGAAACAAAAACACAUUCUACCAGUGUUCCAACGGGCUCACGUUCCUGCAAAACUGCCCCGCCAAUCUGGUUUUCAAUGACAGGUGCAAAUGUUGUGACUGGGCUUAG